AUAGUACCGCUGCGUAGCUCACUUCCUCCCUAAAGUCUAAAACCGGCCGUGCAUCCCGACUCCCCUGCUAAGAGCCUGACAAGGUACUACUAUUAUAUACAAGUGACUACUUGCUGCAUGUGAGAAAGACGAGGUGAUGAAGGUCAACUGGUGGCUAAUUUUUUGAGGGUCCUUUUCUUUGCCCCCUUGCUGCUUAAUCUCUUUAGUCUUGUGAAUUGUGAUCAAUUUUCAGUUGUCUUCAGCUCAAGUUUCCUGCUUUAACUGCAUACUCUUUGAGGAAGACGGAUGGCUCAGAUUUUGCUCCAUGGAACUCUUCAUGCCACAAUCUAUGAGAUUGAUAAACUAAAAGGGGGUUUCGGUCAAAACCUUCUUCAUAAGAUUGUUGAGGGGAUUGAGCGUGUUGUUGGUUUCAACAACACUGCUUCUAGGCUCUAUGCAACAGUGGAUUUGGAGAAAGCUCGAGUUGGCCGAACAAGACUACUUGAAGGAGAUUCAAAUCCUCGAUGGUACGAGUCAUUUCACAUUUACUGUGCCCAUAUGGCCUCAAAUGUUAUAUUCACCGUCAAAGUGGAUAAUCCUAUUGGCGCGGAACUAAUUGGAAGAGCUUACUUGCCUGUUCGAGAACUGUUGGAUGAAGAAGAAAUAGACAGAUGGCUUCCUAUUCUGGGUGAUGACCACAAGCCUAUCCAUGGUCAUUCUAAGAUUCAUGUGAAAGUACAAUAUUUUGAUGUUACUCGUGAGCGUAAUUGGUCUCGAGGAAUAAAAAGUGCAAGGUUUCCGGGCGUGCCUUACACCUUCUUCAGUCAGCAUAAUGGAUGCAAAGUCACUCUUUACCAAGAUGCUCAUAUUCCUGACAACUUCAUCCCAAAAAUUCCUCUGGCUGGUGGCAAGUUUUAUGAGCCCCAUCGUUGUUGGGAAGAUAUGUUCGAUGCCAUCACUAAAGCAAAGCAUUUGAUUUACAUCACAGGCUGGUCUGUUUAUACUGAAAUCACCUUAGUGAGAGACUCGAGGAGGCCAAAACCAGGUGGAGACAUGACAAUAGGUGAACUACUGAAGAAAAAGGCUAACGAAGGAGUGCGGGUUCUAAUGCUUGUUUGGGAUGACCGAACUUCCGUAAAACUGCUAAAAGAGGAUGGCUUGAUGGCCACUCAUGAUGAAGAAACAGGGGCUUAUUUUGAGGGCACUGAAGUCCACUGCGUCUUGUGUCCACGCAAUCCUGAUGAUGGACGGAGCAUCAUUCAGAAUAUAGAAAUUGGUACAAUGUUCACUCAUCACCAGAAGAUUGUAGUUGUAGAUAGUGAAAUGCCAAACGGAGAUGCAGAGAGGAGAAGGAUUGUGAGUUUUGUUGGUGGUAUUGAUCUUUGUGAUGGGAGAUACGAUACUCCUUUUCAUUCCCUGUUCAGGACAUUGGGCACAGCCCACCAUGAUGAUUUUCAUCAGCCUAAUUUUAAGAAUUCCUCAAUUCAAAAGGGUGGACCAAGAGAGCCGUGGCAUGACAUUCACUCUAGGCUCGAAGGUCCUGUUGCUUGGGAUGUGUUGCAGAAUUUUGAGCAGAGGUGGAGGAAACAAGGUAAGAAGGACUUACUACUGGAAUUGAGAGAACUGGCAGGCGUAAUAAUCCCUCCAUCCCCAGUUAUGUUCCCAGAAGAUCAUGAAACGUGGAAUGUUCAGGUGUUCCGUUCCAUCGAUGGAGGAGCAGCUUUUGGUUUCCCUGAAGCUCCUGAAGAAGCAGCCAGGGCUGGACUUGUAAGUGGUAAGGACAACGUUAUUGACCGAAGUAUUCAGGAUGCAUACAUCAAUGCCAUUCGUCGCGCAAAAAAUUUUAUUUACAUCGAAAACCAGUAUUUCCUAGGAAGCUCUUUUGGGUGGUAUUCAGAUGAUGUCAAGGGUGAAGUUGUCGGUGCUUUGCAUCUCAUCCCAAAGGAACUAUCCCUCAAGAUUGUCAGUAAGAUCGAAGCAGGGGAAAGGUUUAGUGUUUACAUUGUGGUUCCGAUGUGGCCAGAAGGCUAUCCAGAGAGUUCAUCUGUACAAGCUAUACUGGAUUGGCAAAGGAGGACUAUGGAGAUGAUGUAUAGAGAUGUGGCUCAAGCCCUCCAUGCAAAAGGGAUUGAGGCAAAUCCAAAAGACUACCUGACAUUUUUUUGCUUGGGUAAUAGGGAAACUAAGAAGAGGGGGGAAUACGAACCUUCCGAGCAUCCAGAACCUGAUUCAGACUACAGUAGAGCUCAGCAAGCCAGGCGGUUCAUGAUCUAUGUACACGCUAAAAUGAUGAUUGUUGACGAUGAAUAUAUCAUCAUAGGAUCUGCCAAUAUCAACCAGAGGUCAAUGGACGGCGCGAGGGAUUCAGAAAUUGCCAUGGGAGCCUACCAGCCAUAUCAUCUAUCCAUCAGGCAGCCAGCCAGGGGUCAAAUUCACGGCUUUCGGAUGGCACUAUGGUAUGAGCAUCUGGGUAUGCUAGAUAACCGCUUCCUCCAUCCUGAAAAUGUGGAAUGCAUCCGAAAGGUUAACCAAAUGGCUGACAAGUACUGGGAUCUUUACUCCAAAGAGACCCUGGAACAUGACCUUCCGGGCCACCUGCUUACCUAUCCCAUUGGGGUAACCGCUGCUGGAGAAGUGACUCAACUGCCUGGGCUUGAGUACUUCCCAGACACGAAGGGUAAAGUUCUUGGCACCAAAGUUGAUUACUACCCUCCAAUUCUCACCACUUAAAAGCACCACUUUCCAGCUUCAAAUAAAAAUCUCCUGUUUCUGUGUGGCAAAGGAGAUAGCAAUAGCGUUGAUAUUUGGAGUGUUCUUGAUUGUGAGGCUGUGUGGUGAAAAUUACUAGUUGAAAAAUAAACGCUAUCGACUUUUACUGCUUGAAGAAUAAAUGCUACUCAUAUUAUUCUGUUGCUGUACC